AUGGCAGCAAGAUCACCUGUGAAGCCUACUGGCAGCCCGUCGGUUGCCUCCAAGCAGAAGGAGGCGAAGCCUAGCCUCGACAAGGCCGAUGGCAGCAACCUCGACGUGGAGAUCAUCGAGGUGCCUGACGUCGACCUGAGCCUCGAAGAGUGGAGCAUGUGCGCGCACAAGCUCAAGCCAGGGCAGAACAUCGACAUCCUCGUCACGGUGCGCAAUCUCAGCAGCCGUGCCAUCACCGAGAGCCUCUCCCUCCGCGUGGACAGGGACGCCUUCUUCCAGUCGGUCGCCGUCAGGCUGCCGUCGUCGGUACCGGCCAACGGCGAGGUCAAGGUCAAGGCCACACUCAGGGUGCAGGGCGGCAUCACCAACCUCAAUAAGCUGCCCGCCAACAAGGAGAUCAUGCUCGUGAAGGAGUGCGGUCCCGGCAAACUGGCCAAAUUGUCGUCCAUGUUCAUCGUCAUCCCCAUCGAUCCCUUCAUCCGCUACCUCAAGGAGGAGUUCCGCCCGAUCCGGCUUCAGCUGUGGGGCCUCUUCGGCACGGGCAAGUCGUCAUUCAUCAACUCGAUGGCCACGCUCUACAACGAGGACCCCCGGUUCCCGAACAGGAAGCUCACGCCCGCAUUCUCGAGGCCCUCGGGGGUGUCGGUGACGACCGAACUCAAGCAGUACGACUUCAACAACGUGAGCCUCUGCGAUUCGUGGGGCUGGGAGGAGGCGCGCAAGGACCUCUACUCCGAUCUCCUGUUCCAGCUCAUGCUCGGCGGUCGGCUGGGCAGAGAGUUCGCCAUGGACAACGCCAAGACCCUCAGCGUGCUCAAGCUGCCCAACGUCGAGACCGCGCCCGUCGACCUGGUGCUGUUCUUCAUCACCGUGGGCGCCGUCGAGAACAACACCUACCUGGAGCAGAUGAACCACUUUAUCGGCGAGGCGCGCAAGCUCGGCGUGCCCCUGCUCGUCCUGUUGACCCAGAUCGACAAGGUCGACCCUAGCCUGCGCCAGGACCCCUACAGCGACAACCCGACCGUGCAGGACCUUGUCACGCAGGUGUCGCUCAAGGCCGAGCUCGACGAGUCCUUCAUCUUGCCCGUGGUCAACUACACGCGCGAGACCGAGAGGACUUGGGCGAUGGACCGAGCCGCCUUCGUCACCCUCUACCGGGCCUUCCAGGCACGUGAAGUCGCUGUCGGCAACGCCUAA